AUGGCAUGGCGCUCCCAGACGCCGUGGGCGAAGGGGGGCAAAGGCAAGCAGUGGCCAGGGCAGAAGGGUGGGCGACGCCGCGGAGCCUACUCAGUCUGCUCGAAAUGCGGCCACUGGGAGUACGACCACUUCGGCAACUGGACGUGCAGCGUCUGCGGCGGCAGCUACCUUGGCGAUGCUGCCCAUGUUCCUCAUGUUGCUGAUGCUGGAGUGCCUGAUCAAUUCGCGGCUGACUUGCAGGCGUUGGCGGCGAAGUACCCAACCAUGGCGGCCGCCCUUGGACAGCUCCAGGGCGCGGCCCCACCACCUGCGCCUGAAGCUCGCGAGCCUGCUUCUGCCAAUGACAUCGAGAAGCAGAUCCAGGCCCACCGUACGGAGCUGUCCCGUGCGGUUGAGAAGGCGAGCAGGAAGGAGCGGGUGGCCCAAUCUGACGUUCAGCAGCGUGAUGAGGCUGUCGUUCGGCAUCGUGAGGCGUUGGCCAAGGCUGAGCGUCUGCACGCGGAGUCCCAGCAGUGGCACGCCGAGGCCGCCGAGGCUCUUCGCGAGGCCAACGCCCAGAAGGACGGCUUCAACGAAGUCCAAUACCGUGAGCAGCUCCGUGCCAAGGGGCGCGAGGAGGCGGCAGCUGCUGCCCGUGCUGCGCAGGCCGCUCAUGACGAGGCGGCGCGGCAGGCGGCUGUGGGCAAUGUGGACUUCCAGUGGGUUCAGGACCACCUUCAUGAACUCUCUGAGCCUGAUCUUCAGCGUUUCCAUGGGCGCUCGCAUCUGUCUCCAGAGCAGUGGGUCGAGAUGCGCAAGGUUGCCCUCCAGCAGCGCGCCGCCGAGCUGGAGAUCGACAUGGCCUCGGAGGCGGCCAGCGAAGCUGGGGAUCCUGAUCUUCCUGGUGAUGAGACUUCUGAGCUGCGUGACCUCCGCGAGCGCGCAGCCGAUACAGGCUUGGACCCGCGGGCCGCGGAGCGGUAUGGAGUGCUGCUCUCGAAGGUCGCGGUGGCUCGAGCCGCCAAGCGUGCCAAGAAAGCGGUGCGCGAGCAGUCUAAUCACAGAUUCGUCGCCUUCUGCCAGGCGGCGGCCUCCCAGCUGCAG